CAUUUUCCAUCUACAGUCGGUAGAAUCCACGGAUACAGAACCCAUGGAUAGGAAGGACCAACUGUAUCUUUUAGUGUUUUGAGGUUCUUGAAUUCUCAGGUCAUUUGCUUUCCUUUGCUUUCUCCCAAGUCUUGUUUUACAAUUUGCUUUAGUCAUUCACUGAAACUUUAAAAAACAUUAGAAAACCUCACAGUUUGUAAAUCUUUUUCCCUAAUAUAUAUAACAUAAGAUAGGAGCUUAAAUAAAGAGUUUUAGAAACUACUAAAAAUGUAAAUGACAUAGGAAAACUGAAAGGGAGAAGUGAAAGUGGGAAAUUCCUCUGAAUAGAGAGAGGAGCAUCUCAUAUAAAUAGGCCAUACCCAUGGAGAAAGGACAUUCUAACUGCAACCUUUCGAAGCCUUUGGUCUGGCACAACAGGUAGUAGGCGACACUGUUCGUGUUGUCAACAUGACCAACAAGUGUCUCCUCCAAAUUGCUCUCCUGUUGUGCUUCUCCACUACAGCUCUUUCCAUGAGCUACAACUUGCUUGGAUUCCUACAAAGAAGCAGCAAUAUUCAGUGUCAGAAGCUCCUGUGGCAAUUGAAUGGGAGGCUUGAAUAUUGCCUCAAGGACAGGAUGAACUUUGACAUCCCUGAGGAGAUUAAGCAGCUGCAGCAGUUCCAGAAGGAGGACGCCGCAUUGACCAUCUAUGAGAUGCUCCAGAACAUCUUUGCUAUUUUCAGACAAGAUUCAUCUAGCACUGGCUGGAAUGAGACUAUUGUUAAGAACCUCCUGGCUAAUGUCUAUCAUCAGAUAAACCAUCUGAAGACAGUCCUGGAAGAAAAACCGGAGAAAGAAGAUUUCACCAGGGGAAAAUUCAUGAGCAGUCUGCACCUGAAAAGAUAUUAUGGGAGAAUUCUGCAUUACCUGAAGGCCAAGGAGUACAGUCACUGUGCCUGGACCAUAGUCAGAGUGGAAAUCCUAAGGAACUUUUACUUCAUUAACAGACUUGCAGGUUACCUCCGAAACUGAAGAUCUCCUAGCCUGUGCCUCUGGGACUGGACAAUUACUUCAAGCAUUCUUCAACCAGCAGAUGCUGUUUAAGUGACUGAUGGCUAAUGUACCGCAUAUGAAAGGACACUAGAAGAUUUUAAAAUUUUUAUUAAAUUAUGAGUUAUUUUUAUUUAUUUAAAUUUUAUUUUGGAAAAUAAAUUAUUUUUGAUGCAAAAGUCAACAUGGCAGUUUUAAUUACGAUUUGAUUUAUAUAACCAUCCAUAUUAUAAAAUUGCCGAGUACCUAUUAGUUGUUCUUUUUAAAAUAUACCUGCAAAGUAGUAUACUUUCUGGCCCCUGCCUUUAAGGAAUUUAAAAUUCAAGAAAGCCAUGUGGAAUAUAUAAGGUAAGAGACAAUAAGGGGACCUGAACCUUAUGGGGGAAUAAAUAUGGCAUGAACUGCUGUGGGAUUAAAAGAGAAAAGGCAAGCUGGAGGGUCUGGAACUAAACCUGGGGUUCCCAUUUCUCCUACUGUGUGCUCCAGAUUCUCCCAUCAUAAAGUUAGAAUUGAGCUGGCCAUCAGGAAUAGCCAGAGGAAUAUGUCAGCUUUUGUGUUCUCCCUAACCUUCCCAUGUUAUUUGGGGGAUACUUUGCUCCUGGAAAGAUUUUUAAAUAAUUAUGUGCCCCCCACCAUCCCUGCAAGCUUAAGGGUGAGAAGUCCCAUUUACUUCCAUGACACUAUUAAGCAGCAAUCUCUUUAUUCUGCUCAUCAUGGGAGAGCCAAGAUGUGUGGGUAUCUUAGGGGAGCUGUGGGUCCCUGUCUGCUGGCAUGGCACAGGCAUCAGAGGAAGAAGAACCUUUUUAUACCCUAGCCAUCUGGUUAGUUUUCUCCCUAGUUUUUCAAAAAACUAAGCCUGCUUCCAGUCUCCACUGCCUUGUUCAUACAGAAUUCCAGGAAUGUCCUGUCCAGUUUUCUGUUGCUCUGCAUUGCAGACGCCACAUAGUCCCUAAAGCCAAAUGAAAGAGGCGCAGCAGUUUAAGUCCAGUUUCAAACCAAGCAAAAAGCCAGGAAACAUAGUAGAAAGGGAAGUUUAGGUGGGAUAGAGAGGGCAUUAAUUUUUCUCAGGGCUUACACUGGGAAAAAAUCAAGCUUUUCUAGGAGCUCUUUGGGCACCUGGUCAGCAUGGACUGACUGGUUAGGUUUUUGUCUUUGUACCAAAACUUGGGAACUUGGGUUAUAAUGGCUAUUACUGCCAUUAGCAGUUGCUGUUUACUGAGAAAUUCUAAUGAAAUAGGCACUGUGCUGAGAUCCCAUAUAGAUAAUCGGAUUUAAUCUUCUCCACAAGCACCCCUCAGGUAGGCACAAAUACAUUAUUGCCAUUUUACAGGAGAGGAAACUAAAUCUCAAAGAAAUUUAGUAACUGCCCAUGGUCACAUAAUGAUUUCAUUCAGUCUCUAGUGAAUGGAGAUUUUAAAAAGAAGUUCAAAGAGAAGCAUCAUAAAAGUCUUUAUUUGUAUCUAGGCAUUUUUUCCUAGAGCAGUAAAGAAAUCUGAGUUCCUUUUAAAAAAAGCGGCUUUCAGGAGAAGUAAUCUGUUCAUUAAGAGUUCCAGAGAAGCUACUAUUGUGUAGACAAUGAACUCAGGGCUCCCCCUUCCAGUUCAAAGUGGGUAACACACACACGGGCUAUGCAAACAAGAAAUGUCAUCAUGGGGGGCCUGCUGCCAUUGACUCAAACCAGUCAAGCCCCCCUCAAGCUUCAUCCUUCCUCCAGCUCUCCACCCCUGCUCUGCCAAAAGCCCUUCUGUAGCCGAACUCCCCUUUUUCCUGGAGUCAAGGACAAGAUCAGCAAGUAGCAAUGCAGAGUCCAGGCAGUGUCUAGAGCAGCCAAGAGGAAGCUAAAGAAAUCUCUCUCAGCAAUGGGGCCCUAUCGUCCACUGCUUUCUCUGGGCUGAACUGCUAAACUGGCCCAGAAACUGGCAAGUUCUUGAAAAGACCUGCUCUACCUCCAUGCUGGGGCAAGAAUGACAGGAGAGAGGCCACUUCUGCAGAAUUAGAAAUACUGUAUCACAGCUUAGCAUGUCAGCCCAUCCAGAAUGCCAAAAAUAAGUCCAUAACCAGUAGAAGAUAAGUAACAAUUAAAAUUAAUUCCAAUAAAAAUGAAGGCAACUAGCCCAAAGGUGCACAUUUGCAUGUGCUGAACCGAUGACUAGGCAUGAGGAAUAAAGUAAAAUAAUAAUAUUACUUUGGCUGGCACCAGAAUAAGGUCUUAAGGAAAACACUCUUUGUUUAGAAAAAUAUCUAAUGAGUCUGUAGAAAAAUAUCUAAUGAGGCUUCACUCAAUAUCUAGUGAGAUCUUGAGGUUAUGGGUGUGGCAACAGAAAAGACACUAAAAUACCAAUAGCAUGUUUUGUGUGUCAGCUUUUAAGGAGAAAGGAGACAGACAGAAAUCCCCCAAAGCUCUGGAACUGUGACACUACGUGGAAAAAGUCAGACAAUGAAACUUUU